AUGGCACAUUUUAUUCCAUGUCACAAAAUCAACAAUGCUUCCCACGUUGAUGAUUUGUUAUUUAGAGAAAUUGUAAGGUUACAUGGUAUGCCUAGGACAAUAGUUUUGGAUAGAGAUGCUAAGUUCUUGAGUUACUUUUGGAAGACUUUGUGGUGUAAGUUACGAAUUAAACUAUUAUUUUCUACUACUUGUCACCCACAAAUUGAUGGUCAAACUGAAGUAGUGAGUAGGACUUUGUCUACUUUGUUGAGGGCUAUUAUUAAAAAGAACAUCAAAACUUGGAUGCAUGAGAAGGCAAGACUCAACAUUGAGAGGAAGACGGAGCAGUAUGCAAAACAAGCUAACAAAGGGCGACGAAAGCUGAUUUUUGAACCAAGCGAUUGGGUUUGGUUGCACAUGAGAAAAGCGAGAUAUUUGACACAAAGGCGUUCUAAGUUGCUUCCCAAGGGAGAUGGACAUUUUCAAGUCCUUGAGCAUACCAAUGAAAAUGCAUACAAGUUGGAUUUGCUAGGUGAGUACAAUGUUAUUGCCACUUUCAAUGUUACUUAUUUAAGUCCUUUUGAUGUAGGUGAUGAUUUGAGGACAAAUCAUUUUAAAGAGGGGAAUGAUGAAGGCUUGUCUAAUAAAGGAAUGCAGAUCCUAUUCAAGUUCCAACUGGUUCAGUUACAAGAGCUCGAGCUAAAAGGUUCAAGGAAACUCACAAUGGGCUGA